AUGCAAGUCAAAACUGUUUUUGACCCACCCCGUAGAGGGCCUUCAAACCCCCCCCCCCCUACCCCGAUCCCCGAUCCCGGAACCCGACUGACCUCCUUCCUCCUUCCUCCCCACGCCCCCCUUCCCCCUUCCCCCCACACAGUCCUCGUUCAAAGCGCUCCUAGCCCAAGCGACGAAGGACACCACCAAAUCCCAACUCGAGCUAUCCCAAACCUUACAAAAGCGACAACUCGCCGCCGAAGAAGCCGAACGUACGAACCUACAAAAAGAACGUCAACGGCAAGCCGAAAUCGAAAGGCGUCGUCGGGAGAGAUUCGAAAGGGAGAAGGAGGAGGAGGAACGCAGGAGGUUGCGACCGCUGCCGAAGACGAGGAAUUUGACAGAGUUGAAGAUGGAGAGGAGGAAGAGGGGUUUGAACGAGGAUGGGAGGGAUGAUCGGAUUUUGAACACGCUCGAGGCAGUGAGCCCGGCCAGUGUACGCCCAUCCCCGUAAGCGAUCGGCGCUGAUCCUUGUCUUCGUCAACACCAGGCCCCAGAUCGACCCACAUCGAAAGCGAAGAUUCCCGGUCAAUCCCUCAAACAGCUCAUGGCCGUCGCAUCCCAAAUACCUCCCUCGGCCAUGCGCACCAACCCCAAACCAUCCUCCUCCUCUUCCUCCUCCAUCAAACCCGUCCCUACGAACGAACAAAAGUUGGCGAAAAAGAGGGACGCCCUAUUCAGAGAGGAAGAGGACGAAGGUCUAGGGUCCGGGAGUAUGGCAUUGGCGAGGCAGAGGGGGGUUUAUGAAGAGAGGGAAAGGGCUAGGGAGAGUUCACCGAGAGCUUCGACUUCGACUUUGGCUUCGGGUUCGGGUUCGGGUUCGAGUUCGAAGCCGAUCUCGGCCAAACAGACCAUCAGAGCGGAUACUGGAUCCCAUGGAUCUGCAAAGACAUUACCUCGUCCUACGAACGGUACUUUACUCUCUUCGGCCCAUGGUAGAACAUUCAAGAAAGGAAGCAAGAACGUUCCCGGUUUCGAUCCCAGUCAGUUCGUCAAGUUGAAUACGGAGAAGAGGGAUACGAGGACGAUCGAGGAGAUUGAGAGGGAUAUGAGGGUGAGGAAAUUGGCCAAGGGGGUGGGGAUCGGCGGCGACAAGGGGAUAAGUUCGGAUGAUAUUGGGAAUGUAGAGGUGAAAGCGACGACGGGGGGUACGAAACGCAAGAUCGAGGGGGGACAUCUGAGGACAAGUUCGAGCUCGAACGCGGCCAAGAACUCGAAAGCUUCUACCUCCACUUCAACUUCGCACAAGAGCAAGAGCAGUCGUCGUCGUUCAGAAACACCUUCCGAUUCCGAAUCCGAUUCUAAUUCGUCACAAGACGCUCGUCAUCGUCAACGGCCUUCCAAGUUGUCCUCUUCCAAACCCAAAAAAUCCGGUCUCGACGACUCGGUCCGGUCCGAAAUUUGGCGCCUCAUGGGUCGAGAUCGAUCCAAAGAUCUGGCCCGUCCCUUCGAUCUCAGCGACUCGGAAGAGGAAGGGAUGGAGGUUGAUGGGGAAGAAUUGGAGAGGGAGGAGAGGAGGGCGGAGAGGAUUAGUCGGUUGGAAGAGAGGGAGGAGGAGGAGAGGGAACGUAGGAGGAAGGAGGAGAAGGAGAGGAGGCGGAAGAGGGGGUAA